AUGGGAAAAACAUUGAAAGACAUUACCACUGAGAUAAAGAACGCUGUUGGUAAAAGAAGGAAAUUGAACGGAGUGAUAGAAGAAGCUAUUUGCAAUUUAUCGGAUGUAAUGAACGACAUAAGUAAUGUUAAGGUACUGAGUAAACAGAUCAAAGAAAAUGAAGAAAAGAUCUCAACACAAGAGUCCGAAAUCGAGAAGUUGAAAGAAGAAAUUCAAAGGCUUGACGAAGAAAAAAUGAAAGAACAGACUCAAGCACAGAUACUGCUACAAGAAGAUGACUUUGCAAGAAGUAUUCACACAAUUCUUACUAACACUUUUUAUUUCCAAAACAUCACCUUUAAGUAUUUGUACACAUCACCUGUUAUAAACACUGAUAUUAUGAAUGCAAACUUCAACUAUGCACCUCUUGUGAUCGUAUUUCACACAACCGAGUCCAAAACGUUUGGGAUGUUCUCAAACCUCUUUUUCUUCUCCAUUUUUAAUGGAAUCUUUUUCCCCUUCUAUCUCAAGACUGGUUCACUUGCCUUCACAAAAUGUGAAGGCAAUUACAUCAGUGUGAACGGCGUGUUGUACUUCAAAGAGUCUGAAAUCAUUUUGGACAAAGCCAUCAUUGAUUCAACUACAGAACCAAGUCUCUUUUAUUUGGAACACUUCACCACACAAACAGACAAUGUCAUCAAAUUGCAGAUCACCAACUUCCACGCCUGGAAUUUAAUUUUUAAUUGA